GACCACCAAAACUUUAUAGAGCAAUUGAUCAGAGCAGGGAAGAACGUGACAACCAGAAGGUGGUCUCCUUCUUCAAGCUUGCCUGCUCUUGCUGGUGUAUAGAGUCGUGGUCUAACAAUGGCUCGCGGAGCUAUACUAUUAUUAGCUUGCUGCAUCCUAGCGGCCGGCUGCGCAGAGGCGGGGCGUCUUGGCGCUAAGCGCAGCGUCCUGCAGACCAUCAACAACAACAACAACAACAACAACGGUGGUGGUGGCGCAAACAACAACAAUAACAACAACAACAACAACGGAGGCAACGGCGUCACAGUCAACAACAACAAUAACAACAACAACGGCGUUGGAUAUGGUGGCGUGUUCGCCAACGGUGGCAACGGUAUUGUGCCCGUGAACAACGUGCUGUACGGAUCUGGCGGCGGUGUCAUCAUUGACACAGGCUUCUACAGCGAUGGUUUCAACUGCUACCUGGAGGGGGGCAUCUUGUUUGGUGUCAUCUACGGAGGAGUCAUCUUCCCGCCCUUCAAUGCAGUCUUCUUCCCGCCCCCCAUUGUGCGUGUAGUGGUCUUCGGCCCUGUCUUUGCGCAGAGCGUGUUCAUCGUCAACAGACGGCCGUUCUUCUGCAAUGACAUCUUCUACAACGACGCCGGCGUCCGUAUCUACAACCCUCGUGGCUACAACGGUGCUUUCUACACCCAGAACCGCGUGCAGAUUGGAGUGUUCACUGGCGGCUACCCCGUGGUCCAGAACACCCAGAUCAUCAACAACAACAACAUUAACAUCAUUAACAAUGUCCCCGCGCGAGAGGUCACCCCCCUGGCAGCUCCCGCGUCAAGCAUCAUCGGCCAGGAAGGUGUGACCGUGACUCCCAAUGCUGCGCCUGCAACGACCACCCCCGAGACCCUGGCGGCUGUGAGGACAGCUUCCACCAGCUCCCCCACUGCUGGCUCCAUCACCGUUUCGGGCUCUCCCGGCGCAUCAACCUCCCCUGGAGUGGAUCCCGGUACCUCCACAUCUCCCGGCACCUCCACAUCUCCCGGCGUCAGCCCCAAUGCACUCACCAGCGCUGCAGGCGGCGGCUCCCCAUCAGGCGGCAGCUCCCCGGCACCUACCACCAGCUCCAACUCUGGCAGCGGCAGCCCUUCGGGAGGCAGCUCGACCACCUCAACCUCAUCUCCUGCCCCCCAGGCCCAGAGAGCCGCAUCAUCCAACCCCACUGGAGGAUCUUCCAACGGCGGCGGAGGAUCUUCCAACGGCGGCGGAGGAUCUUCCAACGGCGGAGGCUCAAGCAACGGCGGAAGCUCUAGCAACGGCGGAGGCUCAACCGGCUCUGGCUCAACUGGCGGCUCUAGCGGAUCGUCCUCUGGAGGCUCUUCCACUGGAGGCGCCUCCACCGGUGGCUCUUCCGGUGGCAGCUCUUCCCAGGGCGGCUCUCAGGGCACUGGCCAGCCGGGUUCAGGCGGUAAUGGCAACGCAGCCGCUACCACCACUCAGAGCGGCGCCACUCCCAACUCUGCUACUGGAUUCUAGAGUGCUUGUAGCAAUGCGCGGCGUGUAUAAAUGACUGUGAUCUACCUGUACAAAUUCAGCGAAGAUCACUUUAAAAAUGCGAGGAACUUUUUCUUGAAUAGUAGGGUGCAACGAUUGAGUCAAGAUAUGUAUGACGUGUUAGCUACUGGAUCUAGACCUUGCGUCAGGUUACAUGCCUGAUACUUAUUCAAGUGCCAGUAUGUCUGAAUAAUUAGUGCAAUCGAGAAGUAAAGCUCUUGCACAUUUAAUUUCAUUUGACUUCUUUUC